AUGUCCGAAGAUGUUAUGGACGCAGCAAGAAGUGCUAUGCUGGACUUUUGCAUGGAACAGUACCAACAAGCAGACGCCUUUGCGGAUACGGGCUGGGAAUCCACAUACAAAUUGAGAGCACAAAAUAAUAAUCCGGAGAUAUAUGAAGAGAAGUGUGUAGAUAAGAAGGCAUUGGAAAAUGAUAUUGACAUACUUAGUUAUGAAGUGCCUUCUUGGCUACGGGUAAGCGUUUUUUGUCAAUUUUUAUUGUUUCUGCAUCAGUAAUAUCUGUUUUGUUUUUUCAGAAUUUUCGCAAACCUAUACACCCGCCCGUCCCAUCAGCUCCUAAACUUCGACCUGUAGAGCCGAUAAUAGCGAGAGAACCCAAAUGGUACUACGACAAGCCCUCUCCCAACAUAUCAACCCCACUUAACGAGUUCAAAGACAAGAUAUAUCCAUUGAGAAACCCAAUUAAAUUGCUUCAAGGGGCCCGGCCGUUUCACUUCUACCUCUGCCCACCGGUCGAUUACCUCAUUGCUUGGACUGACAAUUGCACAGCUUUGGGAUAUGUAAAGAACUUUGAAGAUGCUACUGAAAAUCCACCGUUAUGUCUACGAUUCGGAGGUUUCUGGUCGGAAAAAGCGUGUAAAUCAAUGUACGUUGGGUGUACGGUGAGGGUAAAGGCAUACCUACAGUUGAAGGAGGAUAUUUAUACGGAUGAACCACUUCCAGUGGUUCCUAGGGGAAGUGUAGAAGACAGCAAAGAUUUGUUGUUUAAGGGUAUGUUAAAGUGUUUUUAGGGCGCUAGGACAAAUGCGGUUUUUGGACAUUUGCGGAUCUGCGGUUUUUAGACACUUGCGGAUUUUGGACAUUUGCGGAUUUUUUAAAGGGGUUUUUUUAAUUUUUUAUUUAAUUUAGUUGUAGUAUGGUACUAAAUGGUAAUAAAGUUUAAAUGGUUCACUGUCUUAAUAUUUCUUAAUUUUAAAUAGUACUAAAUUUUUAAUCGGUACUGUUUUUAUAUUUUUGGUACUAAAUAGUACUAAAAGCCCAAAGAGGUACUGUUAUGUUAAAACCGUACCAAUUCAAACUUUAGUACAAUUUAGUACCAUAAAACAACUAAAUUAACUAAAAAAUAAAAAAAAACCUUUAAAAAAUCCGCAAAUGUCCAAAAUCCGCAAGUGUCCAAGAACCGAAGAUCUGCAAGUGUCUAAAAACCGCAGAUCCGCAAAUGUCCAAAAACCGCAUUUGUCCUAGCGCCGUUUUUAGACUAAUCUGUCUUGUGAUUUAGUCAUUAAUAACGAUUAUAAUAAUGAUCCUUGCAGGAAUACCAAUGCCAUCAGGAUACGCAGCUGAAUGGGCAGUAAUUUAUCGGCCUAAAAUCAUUCGAAGUUUAGGUCUUUUUAAGAAGGACAUGUCACAAAUGACCAAGGGUAAUUUUCUGAAUCUCUCUGGUAUUGUGUAUGACUUUGAAUACGAACAAGAACUGUGUGUAUCGCAUGAAAAAUGGCCAAUUCCUGAAUGUAAGAAGUUGCCAGAAGUCGACUCGGCUGUGGUUAUCAACUGGAUUGAGGUAAGGGUUAGUUUAAAAAAUAAAAAGUAAGGGUUACUAAAAUAGAUGAAUAGGGGAGAAAUAGAUUUAAUGGACUAUUAGAUAUGUUAUAUAUGAUGGUUUACGUAGCUCACCACAUUAAAGUAAUAUUUUGAAUUAAUUAAUUUUAGAUUCAAGAAAAAGUUAUAGUGCACGACUCUAACCAUUGGCAAAAGAUAUUGUUGCCAGAAUAUAUGCAUUAUUAUCUAAAAACGAGUAAUGCUACAUCAAGUGUUUACAUAUUUGGCUGGGUGGACUUGACAAUCGAACCAUCUAGGACGUUUGAGGAUUAG